GCUCUCGACUUUUGCACGAAAUCUUGCCGUCUUUGUGCGAGCCGAGUGUGAGUCGUAGGAGGGCAGCCGCAGAUUGCUCAGUCGGCGAACCAUAAAACUAGCGUAUAUGAAGGUAUCAAACGCUGAUUAUUUCCACUGCACUCCGGAGCGUGGAGACGUCCGUUGACGGCGACAAACUUCUUUCUUUUUUUCUUGGGCCCGGUUGAGCCCCGCGUACCUGUAAUAAUCAGACUUUAAAACGUCACGUUAGCGCAAGGAUCACCAUGCUGCUCGGUACUUUAACCAUCGGUAUCUGCAUCUGUCUUGCGCUGCCUUCAACGAUCCUGACAGCGAGAAUUCACAAGCGUGAGGCAUAUCUGGAUUCAGUACCGUGGUUUAUAGUAAAAAAAUACCAGGAUGAAGUAUCGAAUUUCACGGGCAAACAUCGGCCCGCGGAUUUUAAUGCUAACGAGGUCACAAAGUCGCCGUCAGAAAAUCAUCAGCAAUCGAUUAAGAUCUGCCAAACUGAAGAUUGCAAUGCUGCGGCUGAAAACUUCAUAACGAACAUGGACGCGACAGUUGAUCCUUGCGAAGAUUUCUUUGGUUUCGUUUGCGGGGGGUGGCCAUCCGCCCAUCCCUUGCCACCCACCGAAUCGAGUUGGGACCAAUUUGCAGUCAGAACGGAUAUGCUAAAUAAGCGCGUUCGAGAAAUCCUUGAGGAGGAUAUUGCCGAAUCUGACUUAGAGCCUGUCAAGAGCGCCAAAUCGGCCUACAAGGCUUGCAUGAACACAGAUGCGAUCGAGCGAAAGGGGCUCGAUCGGAUUUUGGCUAUCCUUGACGAAAACGGUGGAUGGCCAAUAAUGCUUGACGCUUCGAGGCGGCGGAGCAGCAGAUUGAGUUGGCAACAGAUAGAAGAAAAUUACAGCCGUGAAUACGACACGGACUCGAUAUACGGGGUAUUUGUUGAUGUGGACUGGAAGAAUGCCAGCGUUUACUCAAUUUACAUGGACCAAGCCUCGACCAUUCUUCCCCGGCCGAUGUUUACCGAUAACGAAAGGUUUUCCGGGAUUAUUGGCGACUACGUUAAGUACGUCGAGGACGUGGCUUUGGCGUUCGCCAAGUCCAGAAACUAUCACUUACCACGCGAACGGGUUUCGAGGGACGCCAUGGCCAUUGUCAAGUUCGAAACGGAACUGGCUAAGAUUUCUUCGCCAGAUGAAAUGAGGAGGGACUUGGAUCGCCUCUACAAUCCCAUGACCAUUCAGCACUUGCAAAAUUGGUACAACAACGCCCAGCCGAAGACCUUCGCUUCGAAGGUGAAUUGGUUGAAGACCGUACAGAACCAGUUCAAUGACGUGAAAAUCAACGUCGAAUUUACCGAGAGAAUUAUCGUCAUGGAGGUGGACUAUUACUUCAAGCUUGCGACGCUGCUGGACAAGACACCCCCGCGUACAAUUGUAAAUUAUCUGCACUGGCGAAUGGUUAACUCACUUCUGCCAAGCACAACGGAGGAGAUGAGAAACAUUACUUUCGAGAUUGAGAAGAAAGUCUUUGGGAUGAAAGAGCAGAGGAAAAGGUGGAUGUCGUGUGUUAGCGACAGCAAUAUGAAGCAUGCAAUUUCGUAUCAGUACAUAAACAAGUUUGUCACCGGCGAUGCUAAGAAAACCGCAUCAAACAUUGUGUCAGAGAUGCAGAAAGAGUUUGAAGAGCAAAUUUCACGCUCAACUUGGAUGGAUGAGACAACGAAAGUCGCUGCCAAAGGAAAACUUCACACAAUGAAGCGAUUCAUCAGUCAUCCUGAUUGGUAUCAUAAUGAAACUGCCAUUACACACUAUUACAAAGGGCUAUUAGUCACAGAUGAUCAUUUUGAGAAUACGGUGACAUUUAAACAAUACGAACAGAAGAAGAAGUUCCGUAAUUACGGAACCCGCGUUGAUGAGAAUGCAUGGCCGAUUGAACCGAUAACGAUAAAUGCUUACUACGAUCCCAACUUAAAUUCGUUGACUUUUCCAGCUGGGAUAUUACAGGUACCAUUCUUCAGCGUAGAAGUACCAGAUUCUCUAAAUUACGGGUCCAUCGGAGCUGUGAUUGGCCAUGAGAUGUCCCACGGAUUUGACGAUGUCGGCCGGCAAUUUGACAAGGCAGGAAAUGCCAAUCAGUGGUGGUCGGACGGUACGAUUAAGGCUUUCAAAGAAAAAGCUCAAUGUUUCAUCAAUCAGUACAACAAUUAUACCAUCGAUGAAAUAUCAACGCCGUCUGAAGUGUUUCAGGCAAAUGGUGAGCUUAGUCAGGGAGAAAAUAUCGCCGAUUCCACUGGUCUCGAGGCAUCUUACGAAAUUUUUAAGAAAAGAUUGGAACAGAGAAAUGAAGACUUACCUCGACUCUUGGGACUUGAAUCUUUCACUCAUAAUCAGCUUUUUUUCAUAUCCUUCGGAAACACAUGGUGCGAAACGGUGACCAAAGAAUAUUUGGCAUUCGCUGUGGCUUCGGAUGCGCAUCCAACUAACCGUCUGCGAGUGAUCGGCACGUUGGGAAAUUCGGAGGGAUUUAACAAGGCUUUUAAUUGCUCGGCAAACAGCAGAAUGAACCGACUGGAAAAGUGUAAUCUUUGGAAGUAAAGAGUGCUUUGGGAAUUGUUGUGUAUUUAAGUGGAUGGAGCUGGUGAACGAGUCGCGGAAGAGGCCGCGAGUCUCUUUGAAGGGUUGAAACGGUUGUUCGGCCCCUCGGUGAAGCGGACUGGAUCAAUUUGGUGGAAAUAAAACACCGAAAAUUGAAGAAAAACAUCAAUUAUUACAGCAUCUCGUUUAGAAUAUUUGGAUUAAAAACUGCGGGAAGAGUCGUACAGUCAUCGAAUAUUCAUGGUUGGGAAUUCGAUUCAAAAUAGAGAGGAAAUUUCUCAAUAUGAUCGACGUUGCGAAAAAUUUGCUCAAAUCUUUGCGCAGACUCUGUAUAAUAUUGGUUAUUUUUCACUAUUAAUUAUCGCGAUAGGUGUAUUCAACU